AUGCUGCCCGUAGGCCUCGAGGCUCCCCGCGCACUCACCCGGCGGCCUCUUCUGCGUCUGCUGCUCCUGCUGUGGCUGCUGCUGUGGCCGGUAACCCGCGCUCGGACCACGCAGGGAACCCCCAGCGCCUCGACCAGGCCGGACACCUCCAGCGCCCCAACAGCGCCGGGCUCCCCGAGAGCCCCGAGUCUGCAUGAGCGCGCGCGGGCCCUGAUGCGGGACUUCCGGCUCGUGGAUGGCCAGAACCACCUGCCCCUGUUCCUGAAACAGCAUUUCCGGAACGAGCUACAGGAGGGCAACCUGCGCAAUUUCAGCCUUGGCCAAACCAGCCUGGACAAGCUCAGGGAUGGCCUCGUGGGUGCCCAGUUCUGGUCAGCCUACGCACCAUGCCACACCCAGGACCAGGAUGCUGUGCGCCUCACGCUGGAGCAGAUUGACCUCAUUCGUCGCGUGUGUGCCUCCUACUCUGAACUGGAGCUUGUGACCUCAGCCAGAGGACUGAACAGCACUCAAAAGCUGGCUUGCCUUAUUGGUGUGGAGGGUGGUCACUCACUAGACAGCAGCCUCUCUGUGCUGCGCAGUUUCUAUCUGCUGGGAGUACGCUACCUGACACUCACCUUCACCUGCAACACGCCCUGGGCAGAGAGUUCCACCAAGUUUCAACACUUCUACACCAACAUCAGUGGGUUGACAAGCUUUGGUGAGAAGGUGAUAGGGGAAAUGAACCGCCUGGGCAUGAUGGUGGACUUGUCCUACGGGUCAGACACCUUGGCACGGCAAGCCCUGAAGGUGUCAAGGGCCCCUGUGAUCUUCUCCCACUCAGCUGCCAAGGCUGUGUGCAACAAUAUGCUGAAUGUUCCCGAUGACAUCCUGCAACUUCUGAAGAAAAAUGGUGGCAUUGUGAUGGUGUCGCUGUCCACGGGGGUGCUGCCGUGUAACCUGUUUGCUAACGUGUCCACCGUGGCAGAUCACUUUGACCACAUCAGAGCCGUCACUGGAUCUGAGUUCAUCGGGAUUAGCGGAAACUAUGAUGGGUCUGGCCGGUUCCCACAGGGGAUGGAGGACGUGUCCACAUACCCGGUACUGAUAGAGGAGUUGCUGAGGCGUGGCUGGAGGGAGGAAGAGCUGCAGGGUGUCCUUCGUGGAAACCUGCUGCGGGUCUUCAGACAAGUGGAACAGGUGAGAGAGGAAAACAGUGGCCAGAGCCCUGCGGGGGAUGAAUUUCCAAACAGGCAGGUGGGCAGGUCGUGCCACUCCCACCUGACUCAGCCUCAGAAUGAACACCUGGCCACACACCGGGUGGGAAACAAGUGGCCAACCAAUCAGGCCCUCCAGAGGCCCUCAAAAGCCUCCCCACACCUUGUUCUAGGGCUCAUGGCUGCUGCCACCUUCUCAAUCCUCAUCCUGCGGCUCUGGUGACCUGGCCAGUCCUCCAGAGGUCACUGUGUCAAAGUCUCACAAAAUUCCCCUCCUAGUGGUCCAGGCACAAACAUAGGUGUGCUGAGAAUAAA